GCACGUUUAGUUUCGGGUGCGCUGUGUGUACAAGUUUAUGAAAGAAAUGCAAUGUUUACAAUUUAGUCAUCAUCUAAAUCAUGGCGUACGUGUGAAAUGUUAAAAUGUGACGACAUAGGUUAUUUCCGUACGUUUCGAAAUGGUUAAAAGAAUGUGACAGUUCAACUCGUAAUGCCAGAAGAGAAGAGAAGUCAACACACACCCGUUCCGUUUUUUUGUCUUUGGGCCAGUUUUGGUUCCUGCAAAAAUAGGCCUACACUGCCUACUACAGUACACUACUGUUACUACACAGCAGGCAGUUUGUCUUCACUGGUUGUAUUUCGUACUCAGCCAGUAUAUCCUGCCAAUAUAGACUAGUGCAGUGAGUAGUGACACCGACAGUCAAUAAUAAACGUGUCUUUGUACAUUGUGACAGCCAAGCAGAACGGAGUUAAAAUGGAGAAGGCCAGUCUAACUAGAACUUUACAGGUGUUAUCAAAAAGCUCAUCAGAGUGGCCAGUCCCAGUGAAGACCGAUAUCAUACCACCUGGCUAUAAGGAAGGACAGAAACUUGCAUUCACACUGGACAAUGUCUUCACCAAGGAGGAAUGUGAUGAGCUUAUCCGUGUGUCUGAGGAACGAGGCUACGAGCAAGCCCUUGUCAAUAUUGGUAUGGGAAGGCAGAAGCUGAUGCCUAAUGUUCGCAACAACUUCCGGUGUAUUAUUGAUUCUGAAGAGAUAGCUCAUGCAUUUUGGGAAAGGAUUACAGAGUUCAUUCCGCAGACCAUGGGGAAAUUCGGCAGCACGAAAAUAGCAUUGAACGAAAGACUCCGAUUUCUCCGCUAUGUCCCUGGAGAAUACUUUAAGCCGCAUCAUGACGGCAUUUAUCAACGAGACAACGGUGAAGCUUCUCUCAUCACCGUACAAAUCUAUCUGAAUGAGGGUUUUCAAGGAGGCAGUACAACGUUUCUCUCCAUGGAUGAAUUUGAGAGAGUCGAGUGCGUUCCCAAAACAGGGCGUGUUCUUAUCUUUGAGCAUCGUAUCUACCAUGAAGGGUCGCUACUGAAGAAAGGAAAGAAGUACGCAAUCAGAACUGACGUCAUGUACACACCGGCAGAUUACAAAUCUCCAAAUCCAGACACGUUUGAUGGGUAAAGAGCCGUUAUCCGUAUAUUUUAAGUUAUCACACAAGCGCGAUUGGAAUACCGAAAAAUAUAGCGUUUCUGCGUUUUGGUAUGGGAUGCAGACGUGCUACAUUUUUCCGUUUUUCCACGAGCGCGUGUGUGAUAACAUAUUUGUCUUCAAGCAAACUUGGCGUGUGACAUAGAACCAACAAGAUAGAGGUAGUGAUAUUAGUCAUGCAACUUCGGUUUAUAUCACCAGUCCAUUCUGCAAAUCUGAUUGGAGGAUUAGCGCGAACUUAAAGAUAAAGACUGUAAUAAUAAUUUGGGAGGCUAAUCAUCCUUACUCACAGUUCAGAGCUUAAUCACAAUGGACGCGGCUACAACAUGUUUCGAGAAGCGGGCAUGCAAGGGCGCCUUAGGCAGCCAGCCACAUCAACCCAUAGAACCGGAGCACAGCCAGAGAUCAAAAGGGUUUUGACUUUAAAGGGGGUAUAACCCUGUCUCAGCCCCAGGAGUAGUGGCAAAGGCCCCUUGAAAAAAAAAUUGAUUGUAGCCCACACCUUGAAGUGGCCUGCAGGCCUUGUGUGUUAGGCGACUUGCGGAAAAAAAAACAAAUUUAAACAAAAAAUACGGAAAAAGAAUUUUUGGGUUUGACCACAAAAACUCAGAGACCACAGGGUACCGAGACCUGAGACUGGCAAAACUGGUCUCCAGACCUACAACACUGGUAAACAAGUUACUUUAGCUUAGAGUGUGCAAAUCUCAUCUUAUACAUAACAUUUGUUUCAAUAAUUCUCAUCAAUAAUAUGCAGUUUGUAAUUUGGAAAUUAGAAUUGAAUAUUGUUUUUUAGUAUUACCAAAAAGCUCCGUAUUUACUUUGGCUACAAAACUGGGUGUGCCUCAUUGAAUAACUUGGGUCAUUUAACUUAAAGGCAGUGGACACUAUUGGUACAUAGUCAAAAUAAUUAUCGGCAUAAAACCUCACUUGGUAACGAG